AUGGAGGGGCUGACCGAGGGCCGCGGUCUUGGACCUCACGUUGACGCAGCGCAGUGGAAGACAAGGUUGAAGAAUGCCACCGAUGACGAGAAGCCAAUUUCCACGGAAGCGUUCGUGGAGGGCAUCAACGGCCAGAACCUCGGCUAUAUGGUGGUGAAGCGUUCGGCCAUGGAGAGUGUCGCGCACCGGGACAUGAACUCACGCCUCGGGCUACUGCUGCCGAGUGGCCCGCUGAAGGAAGCUCCGAUUAAGGUGAUGUCGAGUUCGGUCUGCCUGCCGCGCAGCAUCGACGCCUUCGGCGAGUGGCCAGGCUGCCAUGGCGUCAUCCGCCGCGAUCGCAAGCAGGGCCGCUGCGCAAGUUGCCGGGCGUUCGCCGCCCUCUCUUUGCUGGAUUGCAGGCUCUGUAUCAAGACGCAGGGAAUGUUCAACGGUGUUCGGGGGCAUUUGAGACGGGCGCACGCUACUUCCUGUAUCUGCGAACGCGACGGAUGUCAGCCCAGAAGUCCAGCAUAA